CAAACUUAAAUAUAUAAGCUUGGAUUGUUCAUAACAUUCAACAUUGAACAUUGAAAGCUUCACUGAAAAUCAAGCAAAUGGGGAAUUGUUCCAUGAAGGGUACCACUGGAGAGUGUCACCAUACUAUUCGGGUUAUGAGUGACAGCGGAGCCAUUUUGCAGUUCAAAGCUCCCAAGACUGUGGCUCAAGUGCUUCAACAUUACCCUGGUUAUGGUAUUUUCCGCCAGGGUCAUGCUUCGGAACCUUUGCCAGAGCAAGAGAGGUUAAGCUAUGGUUUUUUCUAUUAUCUUCUUCCGUUGAAGGAGGGGCAAAAAAGUUGCUGUGACGAUGUUGGAGUUGAAGAAGGAGUGGGAGGUCUUCGAAGUAAGUCUGCAGCGUGUGAUUAUGUUGAGAAUUUGUCAAAUGGGUCGGCGCUUGAAGUGUUGCCAGCGGCUAAGAAUGGCGUGUGGAGAGUGAAGUUGGUGAUUGAGCAGAGGCAACUGGAGGAGAUUUUGUCAGAGCAGGUGAAUACUGAAGCUCUGAUUGAGAAGAUGAGGAUGGCUGCAAGUGGAUGCUCUACCACUAGUCCUUCAAGGAGUCCAACCAUGAGCACUUGGAAAGUGGGCUGGAAGACAACACUCUUUAGUGGGAAAAUUGCCAAAGACACUGCCAAUGCCACUGCAGGCUCUAAUUUGUAUCUGGGGUCUUGUUAGGGAAAGGGUUUCUAGAUACGAGUAUAAGCUAUGGAGAAAGCACUUAGGAAGUGUGUUAGGUUUUCCAUGACGAAUAGGUCCAUGAACUGCAUAUAUAUUUGGACAACCUGUCCAAAUUUUAAUGAAUGUAAGGAUUGUUAAAGAUUUUCCAGUUUGAUAGUAUUUC